AUAAUUGCUACAGAAGGUGUUCGAACAGUUUUUCCAGACAAUAUUUCCAAUUUGCAGUUGACAUGGAUCCAAAGUUUGAAAAACGAAUAGACUUUUCACAAAUUGCAUUGCAUUCACCUCCUCAUAAAAAUGUUAGUUGUGACUACAGUGACAGGUUCAUCCCAGUCCGCAAAUCUCAUUCACUCUGGCACAUACACGAUGCUAAAGUUUUUGUAAAUUCCGCAGUUGAUUCUGUCAAUAAUCAAAGGGAUGACAGAACGACCUACUCAAAACUGCUAAAGAGUGAAUUGUUAGGAGCCUCCUUUGAUAACAGACAGAAAUAUCAUGCAUAUGCCACAAUGAUGUCAGCAUCUGCAUCGUGCAGCUCACUCUGUAGUGAAUCUAAAAAUUUGUUUCAGUAUCGAGUCAAUACAGCAUCAGCUGCCGAUUCGUCGCCAUACUCUUUGUCACCAGUCACUCAAAAAAGUCAAAGAUUACUGCAUUCUCCUCGCAAGCAAUCUCGCAAGGUACCUCGUCACCCGUACAAAAUUCUCGAUGCACCCGACUUGCAAGAUGACUUUUAUUUGAAUCUUCUUGACUGGUCGGCUCAGAACAUGAUCGCUGUCGGACUUGAGUCCAAAGUUUACAUCUGGAAUGCUGCAUCUUGUGAGGUGUUCAUGUGUUCUGAUGUAUCAUCUGUCAGAGAUGAUAUCGUAACUUCAGUUUCAUUCAAUGAAAAGGGCAAUUUGCUAGCCAUGGGCACAGACAUGGGGCACGUUCAUUUAUGGGACGUUCAGUCAAACAAAAACUUGUCAAGUAUCUCAAUGCAUGGCGAAAGAAUCGGAUCACUGGCGUGGAACAAGGACAUGCUGGCUUCAGGCAGCAAGGAUGGCAGCAUCGCUAUCAUGGACACGAAAACCUCAAGUCUCCAGAAGAAACUUCUUGGUCAUAAACAAGAGGUUUGUGGGUUGAAGUGGUCAACGGCCAGCAGCAACCAAUUAGCAUCAGGAAGCAACGACAACAAAGUGAUGAUCUGGGCUCCGUUAUCAAGCUCCCAUCAACCGACCGCAAUGUACGACAAGCACACAGCUGCCGUGAAAGCUCUUGCCUGGUCCCCCCACCAACAUGGUUUGCUGGCCACUGGAGGGGGAACAGCUGAUCGGAGAAUCAGGUUCUGGAACACGUUGCAAGCAGGCAAGGAGGAACUGCAAUGUUACGAUACUGGCUCGCAGAUAUGUGCAAUGGCCUGGUCCAAGCUCACCAAUGAGUUGGUGAGCACACAUGGAUAUGCCCAGAAUGAGGUUCUAUUGUGGAAGUACCCUAGCAUGAAACAAGUGGCUCGUCUUACAGGACAUACAACCAGAGUUUUGUACUUGGCUUUGUCACCAGAUGGCGAGUGCAUCGUAACAGGAGCUGGAGAUGAAACGCUGAGGUUCUGGAGUGUCUUUCCAAAAUAUAAGACUGAUAAGAUACACGAAUCUCCUUUGAACAUGUUUUCAUGCGUCCGAUGAGUGAACAGUUUUACAUCUUCAUUUUAACUUUCAUCAGGACUCUUGUGUGCGUGCGUGCGUGUGUGUGCGCGUGUAAUAUGUAUAUUGUUUCCAUUCACUAUGCCACCCAAAUGUUUUUCCAUAACAAUAUAUCACAUCGGCUCCGAUCGUUUCAUAAAGUUUUUAUUUUCACCAUUAUUUAACUUUUCAAUUCCAUUUAAAUAUUUCAAGUGUAAGCAUUUAAAAGAUAUAGUAUUAUUUUCGAACAUUUCUGGCCCAGGCACUCCCUCGUUUAGACUUCAUUCGAGCUGAGCCCGUGAGGUGCAUA